UUUUUCUUUAUGUGAAGAGAACAAUGGCAGAACCAGUUUUGUUCAAUAUAGCUGAUAGGAUCCUGGGAAAGCUAGGCAACCUUGCGGUCCAGGAAAUGGGAUUGGCAUGGGGUGUCAAAGAAGAGCUUGAGAAACUGAAAAAUACAGUUUCCACCAUCAAAGCUGUGCUUUUGGAUGCCGAGGAGCAGCAUGCAAAGAGCCACGAGGUUAGGGAUUGGCUUGGAAAGCUUAAAGAUGCAGUUUAUGAUGCAGAUGACUUGCUAGAUGAUUUUUCAACUCAUGUUUUGCAACGCCAAGUCAUGAUGAUGCCGGGGAAAAGGGGGAUAAAGCAGGUAAGCUUUUUGUUUUCAAAAGCAAACCAAGUAGCUUACAAUCUUAAGAUAGGUCAUCAAAUCAAGGCCAUUAGGGAGAAAUUAGAUGCAAUAGCUGCAGACAAAACCAAAUACCACUUUACAGAUCAGUCCCCUAUAAUCAUGCCAAUUGUAAAGGUUGAGAGGAAGCAGACACAUUCGUUUGUGCGAAAGGAAGAUUUAGUUGGGAGAGAGGGUGACAAGGAAGCCAUCAUGAAAAGGUUGUUGGACUCUGACGUUGUGGAAAAUGUUUCAGUCAUACCAAUAGUUGGGAUAGGGGGGCAAGGCAAGACCACUCUAGCUCAAAUAGUGUACAAUGAUGAAAAAAUUGUGAAACAUUUUGAGUUGAGAAUAUGGGUUUGUGUUUCCGAUGUUUUUGAUGUUAAAUUAAUUGUUCAAAAGAUUUUGGAGUCUGCAACUAAUGCAAAAUGUGAAUAUUUUGAGAUGGAUUCCUUGCAAACUCACCUUCGUAAAGGAAUUGAUGGCAGAAAAUAUUUACUCAUCUUAGAUGAUGUAUGGAAUGAUAAUCGGGAGAGGUGGCGAAAUUUGAGAGAUUUGUUAAUGAAUGGUACGAGGGGAAGUAAGAUAGUAGUCACUACGCGUGCUCAAGUGGUUGCUGCCAUUACAGGCACAACCGAACCUUAUCUGUUGGAUGGUCUUCCAGAAGACACGUCUUGGUCCUUGUUUGAAAAAAUGGCAUUUAAAGAAGGCCAAGAGCCAAAUAAUUCGAGAUUAGUAGCAAUUGGGAAGGACAUUGUCAGAAGGUGUGCUGGAAAUCCCCUUGCCAUUAGGACCAUAGGAGGUGUUCUAUAUACAAAAGAUACAGAAACAGAGUGGCUCUCUUUAAAAGAGGGUCAACUUUUGAUGGUUUCCUCAAAAGAAGAUGGCGUAUUAUCCAUACUGAAGUUGAGCUAUGAACAGCUGCCACCAUAUUUAAAACAGUGCUUUGCUUACUGUUCCUUGUUUCCCAAGGACUAUGAAAUUAACAAGCAAAUGCUGAUCUCACUUUGGAUUGCAGAAGGGUUUAUUCAAUCAUUCCAAGGAAUUCAAUGCCCUGAGGAGUUGGGUGAUCAAUAUUUCAUGGAUCUCCUAAGGCGAUCUUUUUUCCAAGAUGUAGAAUAUGAUGAAUGGGGCAAUGUCAUAAGUUGCAAAAUGCAUGAUCUCAUGCAUGACCUUGCUCAACUAGUUGCAGGGAGUGACAGCUCCAUUGUAGAUCUGGAUUGUAAAAACAUAUCUGACAGGAUUCGUCAUGUAUCAUUCAAUGCUGAGUUAGAUUCAUCCUGGAAAAUUCCAACCCCGUUGCUCAAAGCAGACAAAAUCCGGACGUUUCUUCUUCCUGUACAACCUAUUCAUCGUGUGAUUUUGGACAAGGUUGAUCAUGAUGCAGUCAUUUCAAGUUUUAAACUUCUGCGUGUAUUAGAUCUACACAAUACAGGUCUUGGCAUUCUGUCAAGUUCCAUCAGUAAGUUGAAACAUUUGAGGUAUCUGGAUCUCUCCAAGAAUGAAGUCAUCAAAAGAAUCCCAAGUUCCAUGACUGAGUUGCUUAAUUUGCAGACACUGAAACUCUAUUCUUGUAAGAGAUUAGAGGAGCUGCCGAGAAAAUUAAGAAACAUGACCAGUCUUAGGCAUCUUGAGACUGGUCAGUGUACUGGUUUGACACAUAUGCCAUCUGGGAUUGGACAGCUAACUUCACUUCAAACAUUAACACGAUUCAUAGUGGGCGUGGACUCUUUCGAAAAGACUAGUGGGGGUCUAAGGGAAUUGAAAGACCUAAAUGACCUGAGGGGAGAACUAAUGAUAGCAAAGCUGGAAAACUUGAAAAAUGUUGCAUCAGAAUGCAAGGAAGCAAACUUGAAGGAGAAACAGUACCUUGAGGUGUUGACAUUAGAAUGGAGCCGAGAAGUUAAUAAUCAUAUAAUUUUUGAAGAAGAUGAAGCAUUGUUGGAAGGCCUCCAGCCACAUUCAAAUCUUCAAGAAUUUCAUGUUUAUGGAUAUAGAGCUGAAAGGUUCCCGAAUUGGAUGCUUUUUAACAUGUCAUUGCUACUCCCAAACUUACUUGAAAUCACCAUAUGGAGUUGCAAUAGAUGCAUACAUCUCCCAUUGCUCAGCCACCUUCCCAAGCUUAAGGUGCUUAGGCUUGAAGUGAUAACUGCUGUGGAGUACAUUGAAGAUAGCGGUGCUGAGUCUUCUUCAUCUUUAUCAUUUGGAGGCAAUCUGUUGAAAGGAGGAACCGAAGGUAAAGAAUUCUUCCCUUGCCUAAAGGAAUUAAUGCUUUUUGACUUGCGUAAUCUGAAGGGAUGGUGGAGGGAAGACUCUGCAGUUGCUGAUGAUAAUUGUGGCAAAGCAGCAGCAUCACCACAAAGGCCAUUGGAGCAGAAGGAACCAAUGCCUUCAUUCCCUUGUCUUUCAAAAUUAAGCAUUGGGAUUUGCACUAAUCUGACAUAUAUGCCAUUGCAUCCUCAUUUGGAAGAACUGCAGCUAAAGAAUGUGAGUGCAAAGCUCUUGCAACAGUCAGACAUGAUAGCAGCAGGAACAGAAGAAAUUCCAAUUGCAGCGGCAGCAGCAAAUUUUUUGAAGGUGAAGGUUAUGCAUAUUGAUGGUAUCAUAGAUUUGCUGUCAUUUCCAGAUAAGAGGCUUCAUCAUCUUACAUCUCUUCAGCAUCUAUCCAUAGACAACUGCCCCAAAUUGGUAUGCCUACCCGAGGAAGGAUUGAAGAGUUUAGCUUCACUCCGGUUUUUCUAUAUUCGUGGUUGUGAAAUGUUGAAGUCACUUUCUAAAGGGUUCAGACAUCUAAAAGCCCUUGAAGAGCUUGAAAUCAAAGAGUGCAGAGAGCUUGAUCUGUCAAAAGAUGUGGAGGAGAAUGCCAUGGAAUUGCAUUGCCUAAAGAGCCUCCGCACACUGAAAAUUGGUGAUAUGCCACAAUUAAGUUCUCUGCCUGACGGUCUUCAACAUAUCACCACACUGAAAUAUAUUCAGAUUUCAAGCUGUUCUAAUUUGAAGAUAUUGCCGGAAUGGAUUUGCAAUCUGACUUCAAUUCAAAGAUUUGAAGUCUUUGACUGUCCUCAGUUGGCAUCAUUUCCACAAACACUGUGCUCUGUCAAAUCCUUACAGUACCUGGAAAUUUCGAGUUGUCCACAGUUAUUGGAUACAUGCCAAAACAAAACAAGCAAAAAUUGGUCUAUGAUUGCUCACAUCCCCGAGAUUUUCAUUGAUGGAAAGAAAAUGUGACCUCAACUGAUACAUAUAGAUAAAAUUCUCCAUUGGUUGUCUUUUACAGGGGAAAACAAACAAUUACGAUGCAGAGAAAUCCAGAGAAAGCAUAUGUUGAUGUAGAUAUUCAAAGCAUCUGCUUCUUUAAUAAUUCCAUUUUUUUUGGAGAAACAUUGUACAUUAGUUGACGUUAUAGGUUGUCAGGAAAACCAUUUGCACCUGCAAAACUUAUGCUGAAUUACCAAACAAAACUUAUUUGUAAAAAAGUUCAUGAUUUGCCCUUUUCCUUUGUCUUUCCUUUUUACUCAA